UUUGGUUUGAUAUCCAAAACGGAAAAAACAAAAGUCAAACGAGAAACUUCCACCGUUUGUAUCAGGUGCAACGAGUGACUCGAGAGUGCCCAACAUUCUGUGCCAAAGGAUACAUUUCCUUCGUUUCAAAACGUGCCAGCAAACAAAGUCACUUGUACUGUGGGAUUUUUUUCCUCGUUAAGUGUUACCUUGUUCUCGUCCAUUUGCUAAUACUUCAUUGCGCACGAGAAAGCAACGGCGUCGGUAUUUUGUUGCAUUGUGAAGCCAUUCAGGCUAUUUGGCUCACGGUGGAUUUCAAACUCAUUUGGCAACCGCGCAGAAUGGGAACAGGUGACAGAUUGCUAGACAUACCGUGCAAAGUGUGUGGAGAUCGCAGCUCGGGCAAACACUACGGAAUCUACAGUUGCGAUGGUUGUUCCGGGUUCUUCAAGCGCAGCAUACAUCGAAACCGGGUGUACACGUGUAAGGCAGCCGGUGAGCUAAAGGGCCGCUGCCCGGUUGAUAAAACCCACCGUAACCAGUGCCGUGCCUGUCGGCUUUCCAAGUGCUUCCAAUCGGCGAUGAACAAGGACGCGGUUCAACACGAACGUGGCCCACGGAAACCGAAGCUGCAGCAUCUGCAAGCGAACGGAGGUCAUCCGGGCCAUCCGCACCUGACCGGUCCGUUCGUGAACAGUGCAUCCUACGGGCACGCGAUGUCACACUUCCCACCAGGGCUGCAUCAUUCGGCCAUGACCGGUUCGAACACGCUGCUGCACCAUCCUCAGCCGCUCUCGUUUGCUCCGCUCGGUCAUCACAUGGGUCCUUCGUUACUACCGCCGGUGAAGUUGGAACAGAGCAAGUUCGAGUUCACCCUCGGUGCUCCCAACCGUGGCGACGGCAAUGGUGGUGGUCCGGGACAAAUGCCGGGAGCUAACAUACUGUCACCGAUCAAGAUGGAACACACCAAAAUGACGUCCGUCGGUGGGUUCGAAUUCUCCGCGGCCGGACACAUGCAGCACAUGUACAAGUCGCUGGAACCGAUGCCACCUUCGCCGACCGAUUCGAAGAGCUCGAUCAGCGUUGACUCACCGUCCGAAAGUCUCACCAGUCCCCACUCGACGGUGGACGGUAGCUCGAGCGUUCUUAGCCCAACACCGAUCAAUGCCACCAGUCUAAGCCUUCCGUCGCCACUGUCCCAGAACGGUGUGCUCGACAUACUCAUGAGCACGGACAAGUGCCAAGAGUUCAUCCAGUACCAGAUGCACAACAGCAGUAUCGCUUUUCCUGCGUUUACACCCGUUAGCAGCGCCUCCAGUGGAGUUACGCUGGGUAGCCCUGUGACACCGACAUCGGCUCCACCGCCACCACCCGUGCCACCACCGUCAUCAACGACAACGGGAUCUGCACAGCCACACCCACCACCACCACCGCCACUUGUUCCACAUCCGAUCGCACUUACUGCUCUACCACCCGAGGGUCCAACCAUUGUGCGACUUCCGACCUGGGAGAUCCUUCAGGAAACAACAGCCCGAUUGUUGUUCAUGUCCGUACGAUGGGUGCGGUGCCUAAUUCCAUUUCAAACGCUUUCCAAAAAUGACCAACACUUACUCCUGCAGGAAUCGUGGAAGGAACUGUUCCUGCUGAACUUUGCCCAAUGGAGUGUACCGUGGGAUUUGAGCAGCCUGCUCGAUUCACCUCAGGUGCGUGAUCGUUUACCACCGGACGCAGCUACUCAGCUCGAGAUGAAGACGAUGCAGGAGAUACUCUGCCGAUUUCGGCAGAUCUCGCCCGAUCUCAGUGAACUGGGCUGUAUGAAGGCCGUAAUUCUGUUCUCACCGGAAACGUCCGAGCUGUGUGACGUUCAGCCGGUCGAGAUGCUUCAGGAUCAGGCCCAAUGUGUCCUUUCGGAGCAUGUGCGCGUACGCUAUCCUCGUCAACCGACCCGUUUUGGACGUCUUCUACUGCUGCUGCCACUGUUGCGUACGAUACGCUCCACCACCAUCGAGACACUUUUCUUCAAGGAAACGAUCGGUACCGUACCCAUCUCUCGGCUACUGAUCGACAUGUACCAGAUGGAAAAGUAUACCGAUCUGGAGGGAGGCACUGGAACACCGACACCAAACGGUACGAUAACCCCAAAGGCAUAAAUCUGUCUCCGUUCAGUUUGCCACUUGUACCUUGUACAUGGAACAGCUCUCAUGUGGUGGGGGGGAGGGGGUUGGAGUUUCCCAAUUCCUGAUGAAUUCUUUCUGGUGCUUUUUAAUUUCCCAAAAACAUCACCACAGACAGAGGCAGCUCGAAACCGUGUCCAGUUCCGUAGUGGGAAGAUAGGGAAAGCGCUAAAGAAUCGUGUUUGUGCGCUACAGAAGCAUGUUUCUGGGGUAAAAGUAUUUUUCCAACGCUUGCGGCUGUUUGAGUUUUAUACCCCAUGCCGCCGCAGUGUGGGAUGGAAUAUUGCCACAAUUUUUUUGCAUAUUUUUUUUGUCUUCUUCAAUGCUCCUAUGAAUUCUUAUGAAUACAUGUUGGGCAACUUUUCUUCUCCGAGUGGAAUGAAGCAAAAAAAAAAUAAACGCCAUGAACGUUACCAUCAUCAUGUCUACAAAUCAGAUGCGUUUUACCCACGGAUUUCACCCACGGAAUCGGCCUCAGACUGGGAAACAAUUUGGCAAGUAUUUUGCUAAGGUGUUCAAGACCAGACACACACACGGUGUUCGUCUGACCGCGAUUCAAUCUGCGAUGAAAUUAUGUUAUUUUUCAAUUUGCAAAAUAAAUCUUUCACUCAAACCACAAAGCAGAAGUACAGUGUGUGGUGAUCGGUAAGGGUCGGUAUUUUUUUUGUUUUCGCCAAAAAACUCCAAAACCCAUGAGGUUAAACUGUAAUGUGGCAAGAUAAGAAAAGUCGUACAUUGUAAAGUCAAAACGAUCGAAUAAAAAACCUGGUAAUGAUGAAAAAACAAACUUUUCACACACAAUAACGCAUAGGAACAUUUCCCCUUAACAAUGGAACAAAAAGGACAAGAAUAGGGAAGAAUAAUUCAGUCCUUGUAAACUCCCAUAUCAAAUCUUUACAACCCCGAUAGAGGACAGACUAGCGAACGGAUGGUUCUUUCUUUUUUGUUUGUAAAAUGUUGUACAUUUUUAAUCGUAAUUAAACCUAUUAAAAUGAAUCAUAAAUUACUUUAAA